GGGGGCGGGGCCGGCGGCGUCUCUUUCGCCGACAAGAUGGCGGCGGCGGUGUUUUCUGAGGCGGAGGCGUCGUCGUCGCCAAGGCAGGCCUCCUCCCUCCGCGCCUGAGAGGAGAGCGCGGCACCGGCGGAGCCAUGAGUGCGGAGCCCGUGAGUGAAAGCAAGCUGAAUACAUUGGUGCAGAAGCUUCAUGACUUCCUGGCUCAUUCGUCAGAAGAAUCUGAGGACGCAAAUUCUCCUCCAAGGUUAUCUGAGAGCAAAAACAUAGAUAACGCUACCAUGCCUGGAAAUAGUUCACCCCCAGCAGAAAACAGCAAGGAAGAGGGUAGCAGUUCUUCUGAAAAAUCCAAAUCAGUAGGAUCAUCCCGCUCCAAAAGGAAACCCACAGUUGUAACAAAAUACAUUGGUUCUGAUGAAGAACAAAAUGUGGAUGAAUCCAUGAAUCAAGAUGGUUCAAAUGAAAACUCAGAAAAUGAAGUAGAUAUGAAAAGCUUGCCUAAAGGUACAGUAGUGGUACAGCCAGAGCCAGUACUUAAUGAAGAUAAAGAUGACUUUAAAGGACCCGAAUUUAGGAACAGAAAUACUCCUAAAAUAAAACCUGAAACUCAAAAGAAGCGUGGAGAGGACGGACUCCACGGCAUUGUGAGUUGCACUGCUUGUGGCCAGCAGGUGAACCAUUUCCAAAAGGAUUCAAUUUACAGGCAUCCUACAUUAAAUGUCCUUAUUUGCAAGUCUUGCUUCAAAUACUAUAUGAGUGAUGAUAUCAGCAGGGACGCUGAUGGAAUGGACGAACAGUGUAGAUGGUGCGCUGAAGGUGGGAACCUCAUUUGCUGCGACUUCUGCCAUAACGCCUUCUGCAAAAAAUGUAUCCUACGCAACCUGGGCCGGAGGGAGCUGUCGGCCAUCAUGGACGAAAACACGCAGUGGCACUGCUACAUUUGCCAUCCAGAGCCCUUGCUGGACUUGGUCACGGCUUGCGACAGCGUGUUUGAGAACUUAGCACAAUUGUUGCAGCAGAAUAAAAAGAAAAUCAGAGCGGACAGCGACAAAAGUAAAAUGUAUGACCACACACUGAAAUAUUCCUCAAAGAAAAAUAGCUCAAGCUGUAAUGGCGAAGAAAAGAAAGACCACCCAUAUGCUGGUUCUAUAAACUAUUCAUACAAAGCAUUAAUGGUGCCAAAAGACCUGCUCAAAAAGACAAAAAAACUGGUAGAAACAACCACUAACAUGAAUGCUAGCUUUGUAAAUUUUCUUAAAAAGGCAGCUGAAAACUCUGAAAUAAACUCUACAGUGCACUUGCGUCAGCUAAAGGCUUUUAAAUCAGUGUUGUGUGACCUCAAAAAGGCCCACACAGCUUUGGAGGAAGGUCUCAAUCUGGAGAUUGAAGCUCUAGGUGUUAAAAUGGGGGGAAAAGAUACCAAAGAGAAGGGAAGUGAGACUAAAUUGGCUGGCAGCGAAGCAAGGAAGACAGAAGAAAAAGAAUCCAAGGAGCAGAAAACCACAACCGAGGCCGGUGAGCAGAAUGUAUCCGCAACAGAACAAACGGCAAGCCGAAAGUCAGUUUCCAGAGAGAAAAAAAGUGGGAAAAGUGAUGAGCUUCAAUACGAACCCAAUAGCACAGAGGCCUCAGAUAUGGAUAUUGUGUCUGUCCCCUCCUCUGUUCCUGAAGACAUUUUUGAGUCUUGCAUGGAAGCGCAGAAAGCAGGGGAGCCGGGAGCAGCAAGCGCAAAUGCAAAACCUAAGGACAGCAAGGGAGGGGCAAAGCAGCAGGUGCCGUCGCCAAAAGUCAAAAAGGAAUUGGUGGUGAAACUGACUCCCGUUUCCCUCAGCAAUUCUCCUGUGAAGUCUGACGAUCCAGAUGGAAAGUUAGAGGAGGAAGAGGAGGAAGAAGGUGGAACAGAAAAUCUUGAAACUGAACUGCCAGUUGAAAACGACGUUGUCUCGGUGAUAGAAGAUCAUGACCUCAGGAGGUCUCCGCGAGUCAAAACCACCCCUCUGAGACGCCCGACCGAUGUCAAAGCCUCAACAUCUAACUCUGAAGAGGAAGGCAACGGUGCGUACAGUGAAAGACAAAGAAGAAUGCCUGCAAAGUCCAAGAGAAAAAAUGACCAGCAGAGUUCUCCUGAUAGCACUCUUAGUAACCCUAAUGCGCUUAGUGAGACUGACAAACCAGACGCAGCGGACCUUAGUUCUGAUUCUGAUGAGGUGCCUGCAGUUCUCCAAGAAGUGGCCAUGAUGAGCCACAGCUCUUCAGAUGCCGACAGCCCCUGUGAAACAUCAGAGGAGCCCUUGAGUGCUGCAAAGAGGGAGCCUACCAAGGAGGACAAUGGGAAGCGGAAAAGGAAAAGUUCCAGUUCUGGGUCAGACUUUGAUGCCAAAAAGGGCAAAUCAAGUCAAGAGUUUGGUGAGGUGAAAAAGAAACGGCAGACCCGUUCAGAGUCUUCUAAUUGCAAUUCUGGGGCAGAACGAGAGUCUAAAAUGGAGUCUCCUGGAAAAGCGCCAAAAAAGAGCCCCAAGAGUGAAGACGGUGGCUCUUCCGAAGAAAAACCGACUAAAAGGGGGAAAAAAUCAGAGCAGCCAGAGGAGGAGGAAUUAUGCAAUGAAGCUGAUGACGUGGAACAUCCUUCUCCAGGUGCAGAGAAGCUAGAUAGUUCUUCGGAAGAGGAAACUGCAGAAGCCAAGGGAACGAGGGAUGAGAAAGAGAGACCUUCCAAAGGCAAGCAGAGAGAUAAGGAAGAGUGUGCUGUCUCCAGCAAGAGAAACAGAAAGGCAAAAGAAGAAGGACAGGAGCUUUCUUCUGAUGAGAGUCAAGAGCAGAAUGGCGAGUCCUCAGAUGGUGCGGGGAAAAAGACUAAGAAAAGCACAAAAGGAAAGAGCGUGGGCCAAAGGAAAGGCGAGUCCUCUUCCGAAGCUGACAAGCCUGAAAAAGAGGCAUCCAGUCCUUCUGGAAGUAACACCAAGAAGGAGAGCCCUCCUGAGGGGAAGGUGAAAAGGACCCUGAGGGAGCGAGUUCCCAAGAAGGUCCCAGACCACGCAUCUGAGGCCGUGAAGUCUCCCCAGAACGACACUUCGGAGGACAACCUCACGAAGAAAAGAGGAUUCUCCAAAGAAAAGAAAAAAGCCGGCUCCAAAAGGAGGAACUCUAAAAAGGCAAGAGGCGACUUGCUGUCCUCCUCUGACGAAGAGUCCGAGGAGAAAAAGACCAAAAAGAGAGGGGCGGCCGCUAAGCAAAGCAGGAAAGGUGGACGGGACGAGAAGCAGAGGACUGGAGGGAAGAAGACAAAGACGGAGGCCGCUAGCACCACCACUACAUCGUCAUCGGACAACGAAGCCGAAGAGGACGCGAAUUCCAGCGACACAGAGAACAGUGACAAGCAGAAAAUCAAGCCCUUGACGGAAAGCCUUUUGCCGCCUACCAAGCUGGGAUUCUGUCAAUCUUCAGGUGAUGAAGGUGAGACCAAGGCAGCCACCAUGCCGAUGGAGGCAGAGGAAGAUGACGACGACGAUGAUGAUCCCGAGAAUAGAAUUGCCAAGAAAAUGCUUUUAGAAGAGAUCAAAGCCAAUCUUUCCUCAGACGAUGAGGCCUCUUCCGACGAAGACUCGGACGGCGGGAAGGAGAAGAAGAAUAAAGGAAGGAAAUCCACAGCCACAGAGGAACACGAAGAGAAUGAUGAGGACGAUGAUGAGCUCGACUCAGAUUCGGAUGUUGAAGAAGCCAAGAAGCCGAGGUACAGGCACCGCUUGCUGAGGCACAAGCUGACUAUGAGCGACGGAGACUCCGAGGAAGAGCCAAAGGGGAAGUCUAAAGAGACCAAAGACUCGAAGCGCAAAACUAGGAGGAAAGUGAGCAGCGAGGACUCUGAUAAUUCAGAAGAGAGCGAAUCUGGGGUCAGCGAAGAAGUCAGUGAAUCGGAGGACGACCAGCGCCCACGGACCAGAUCAGCCAAGAAAGCCGAAUUAGAAGAAAACCAGCGCAGUUACAAACAGAAAAAGAAGAGGAGAAGGAUAAAGGUCCAGGAGGACUCCUCAAGCGAAAACAGCAAGAGUAAUUCAGACGAUGACGACAACGAUGAUUCCAAAUCUCCAGGGAAAGGCAGGAAGAAGAUACGGAAGAUCAUCAAAGACGAUAAGCUCAGAACGGAGACGCAGAAUGCACUGAAAGAAGAGGAGGAGAGGAGGAGGCGGAUCGCGGAAAGGGAGCGCGAGAGAAUAAAGCUCAGAGAGGUGAUCGAAAUAGAAGACGCACCCGUUAAAUGCCCCAUAACAACAAAGCUGGUUUUGGAUGAAGAUGAAGAAACUAAGGAGCCCAUCGUUCAGGUUCACAAACACAUUGUGACAAAACUGAAGCCCCAUCAAGUCGAUGGUGUUCAAUUUAUGUGGGAUUGCUGUUGUGAAUCUGUGAAAAAAACACGGAAAUCUUCAGGCUCCGGCUGCAUCCUUGCCCACUGCAUGGGCCUGGGGAAGACCCUGCAGGUAGUCAGUUUCCUCCAUACCAUCCUGUUGUGUGACAAACUGGAUUUCAGGACCGCACUUGUGGUUUGUCCCCUGAACACGGCCCUGAACUGGCUGAACGAAUUUGAGAAAUGGCAAGAAGGCCUGGACGACAAUGAGAAGCUGGAGGUGAAUGAGCUGGCCACAGUCAAGCGGCCUCAGGAGCGAGGCUACAUGCUGCAGCGGUGGCAGGAUGAAGGCGGUGUCAUGAUAAUUGGCUACGAAAUGUACCGGAACCUGGCCCAAGGGAGGAACGUCAAGAGCAAGAAGCUAAAGGAGAUCUUCAACAAAUCCCUGGUCGAUCCAGGCCCUGAUUUUGUGAUCUGUGACGAAGGACACGUGUUGAAAAACGAGGCUUCUGCUGUGUCCAAAGCGAUGAAUUCCAUACGAUCAAGGAGGAGGAUCAUCCUCACCGGGACCCCGCUGCAGAACAACCUCAUCGAAUAUCACUGCAUGGUCAACUUCAUCAAGGAGAAUUUGCUGGGGUCCAUCAAGGAGUUCCGAAAUCGAUUUAUAAACCCGAUCCAGAACGGUCAGUGUGCCGACUCCACUAUGGUCGAUGUCCGGGUGAUGAAGAAGCGUGCACACAUCCUCUAUGAAAUGCUGGCUGGUUGCGUUCAGAGGAAGGAUUAUACUGCUCUAACAAAGUUCCUGCCCCCCAAAUAUGAGUACGUUCUCGCUGUUAGGAUGACUCCUAUCCAGUGUAAACUGUAUCAGUACUACCUGGAUCAUUUAACAGGCGUCAGCAGCGAAGGAGGCGGCGGAAGAGGCAAAGCGGGAGCCAAGCUCUUCCAGGACUUCCAGAUGUUGAGUCGGAUCUGGACCCAUCCCUGGUGCUUGCAGCUGGACUAUAUCAGCAAAGAGAACAAGGGCUACUUUGAUGAAGACAGUCUCGAUGAGUUCAUAACAUCCGACUCUGAGGAAUCCUCAGUGAGCUUAAGUUCUGAUGAAUGUGCUAAGAAGAAAAAAACCAAAGGCAAAAAGUCAAAGAAAGACAGUAGCUCCAGCGAAAGUGGCAGCGAUAACGAUGUGGAAGUGAUUAAGGUCUGGAACUCGAGAUCUCGCGGAGGCGGAGAUGGAAACGCAGAAGAGCCCUCAAACAACCCUCCACCCGCCGCAAAGCCAGAGGAAGCUAAAGCCACUUCGUCUUCCAACCCAGGGAGCCCUGCGCCUGAUUGGUACAAGGAUUUUGUGACGGAGGCGGAUGCGGAGGUGCUGGAGCAUUCUGGGAAGAUGGUGCUGCUCUUUGAAAUCCUCCGCAUGGCAGAGGAGCUUGGGGACAAAGUUUUAGUCUUCAGCCAGUCCCUCAUCUCCCUGGACCUGAUAGAGGACUUCCUGGAGCUCGCCAGUCGGGACAAAGAAGAAGGCAAACCCAUAGUAUAUAAAGGGGAAGGGAAGUGGUUCAGGAACAUCGAUUACUACCGUUUGGACGGCUCCACGACGGCUCAGUCCAGAAAGAAGUGGGCUGAGGAGUUCAACGAUGUGACGAACGUCAGAGGCCGCUUGUUUAUUAUCUCCACGAAAGCAGGGUCCCUUGGGAUAAACCUGGUGGCUGCCAACAGAGUCAUCAUUUUCGAUGCUUCCUGGAAUCCCUCCUACGACAUCCAGAGCAUAUUCCGGGUUUAUCGCUUUGGGCAGACCAAAGCCGUGUUUGUGUACCGCUUCUUGGCUCAGGGAACGAUGGAGGACAAGAUCUACGACCGGCAGGUGACCAAGCAGUCACUCUCAUUCCGGGUGGUGGACCAGCAGCAGGUGGAGCGGCACUUCACCAUGAACGAACUCACUGAGCUCUACGCCUUUGAGCCGGACUUGCUGGACGACCCCAACUCCGAGGAGAAGAAGAAGAAGAGGGACACGCCAAUGCUGCCCAAAGACACGAUUCUGGCAGAGCUGCUCCAGAUCCAGAAGGAACAUAUAGUGGGCUACCAUGAACACGACUCGCUCCUGGACCACAAAGAGGAGGAAGAGCUGACCGAAGAGGAGCGGAAGGCUGCCUGGGCCGAGUAUGAAGCCGAAAAGAAGGGCCUGACGAUGCGUUUCAAUGUGCCGCCCGGGGCGAAUGCCUUCCAUGGGAACUUCAACUCCCAGGCGUCGUACAUCCCCUUCAACCUGGCCGCCUUGUCUGCCAUGAGCAACCAGCAGCUGGAGGAUCUCAUCAAUCAAGGCCGGGAGAAAGUCGUGGAAGCCACUAACAACGUGACUGGAGCCAGAAUCCAGCCCCUUGAAGACAUCAUUUCCAGUAUAUGGAAGAAGAACUUGACCCUGUCGGAGGCCCAGGUCCAGGCUUUGGCCCUCAGCCGUCAAGCCAGCCAGGAGCUGGAUGUCAAGCGUCGGGAGGCCAUCUAUAAUGACGUCUUGACCAAGCAGCAGAUGCUCAUCGGCUGUGUCCAGCGGAUCCUGAUGAACCGGCGGCUCCAGCAGCAGUACAGCCAGCAGCAGCAGCAGCUCUCCUUCCAGCAAGUGGCCCAGCAGGCCGCCAUGAGCCACCUGAUGAUGCAGAAGCCCCCAGGGCUGAUGAUGAACCCUUCCAACUUCCAGCAGAUCGACAUGCGGGGGAUGUACCAUGCGGCGGCUGCGGGGGGCAUGCACCCACCCCCUCCUUUGCUGCAGGGCUCCCCUUCGUUGGACGGCAAGAACCCCGGGACCUCCAAAGGGAAGUGAACGGGUGCCCUUUUGCACUAGAGGAGCUCAGAAUCCGAGAGGGGGGGCAGGGGAGAGAUAAAUGACUUUUUUUAUUUUUUUAGAAUUCAAUGGCUUCACAGAACUCAACUGUAUAAAUCGUAUGGUUGAUUUCGUUCCCCUCCCCCCCCCCCCCACACGUUCUAUUUUAUUGUUGAUAAUUGUUUUGGUAAAAUGUCACGUCCCCCUCCGCCCCCUUUCCGUCCCCAGCCCUUUGUCAGCGCCGUUGCCUAGAAUCUUCUUACAUGAGUUGCGUACAGGAGAUCAUCCAGUUGUUUUCAGUGAAAACAGGUCCUCCUAUAUAACCUUUGGGGCUGCGCAGGCUUUCUCUUAAACAAAUACUUACCCGGCCUGCGGUGAAUAGCCAUAAAAAGAAGAAGAGACAGACACCAAACGGGGGAAGACGCUUCGGGAAGUUACACAGGUCUGUAUAUUUCAAGUCACCUCGAAUGUGACACAGCCGAGUUCUUGGUUAGAGUUGAUUCCUCAAGUUAUGGGGAAAUGCGAAGUAAGUCGGUGCCGGACUGAUGGGGAGGUUUGUUCGUGAUGGAACAAAAUAAAACCCGUCGGAACCGGGAAGAGACCUUGGACUACGAAUGGAGUGCAAUAUUCGUACCUACUACUGCUCUGCAACUUCGGAGUCGCGCGGUUCCCCGGGGGCCGUGCCCGCAGCCUUAAAAGUCUCAGCCGAAGAAGACGCCAUUUCCUCUCGCCGUUUUCCGUGUUUCAUCUUUGCGACGGGACCGACCCCGAGUCACCCUCGGCCCUUUGCCGCCGGCGCCCUUUCAUCCCGUUCCACGUGGACUUCCUCUCUCCUGGUGCUAUAGCGUCUCUUCCUGUUGCCGGCGGGUGAUCCCUGGCCCCUUCGGACUUGGAACAGCGGUAUUCGUUUGGAUGGGACCCUUGCGAGGGAAACCCGAGGAAGCAGAAACGUUCCCGUCAGAGUCCAAAGGAGCGCGCUUUCACACUUGGCCUCCAUUGGGAAACGGUCCCUCCUUUGACAGAUAAGUAUUUCUGGUUGUUACACCGUAUCUUGAUUUCCCCCCGUUUUUUUCCUUGCAGUUUUCCUUUCUGAUUCAGUCCUUACGAAAGUAAACAAAACUCCCAAAGUAAUUGUAAUUUGCAAAGUUAAAAGUGGGGUAGUCGCCUAUUUCGUGCGGAGAGUUGUCAACUUUAAAAAAGCUAUUCUGUGUGACGUCUCCGGAACAGACGCUUUGUUUUUGCUGCUUUUGGUUCUUCUGAAUGUGGGCGGAAAAGGAAAACGACAGGUGCCUUUGAGGUCUCAAAGUUAGGAGCAAGAAAGCAGCAGCGAGAGAAUUUGGGGAUCUAAAAACCAAAGCUGGAUGGAGGGACCGACUCCAGGCAAAACUUGAGAAAAGGCCAGCAAAGCCUUUUGGCGUUUUGAGUGAUUCCCAAAGAGGAAUGGGGUUUUCUCCUCCUUCUAAUGAAUGUCAGCAUCCAGACAAUGAUAAUGUUGGGAAGUAGUUUGUUUUGAAACUCUUUGGUUAAGGAUGGAGUGGAGCGUAAUGUGAUAGUUAAUCAUGAGUUAUUUCUUUCCUUUCCUUUUUUUCUUUUGGUGAUGUUUUCUGUGACACAACAAGCUCUCUUUCUUUAUUUUGGGGCAAGGGGGGGGGGACAGACUCGCAAAUGGACUGUGUUCGCUGCAAAAAGACAUUUAAAGGGAGUCUUCCCAAGACCAAGGCCUGGAGGCAGGUGCAGCUCCCAGGACAUUCCUAUGUUUUCCGAACAGAGCUGGGAUUUUGAGUGGCAUUUUCAUGACUCCAGAGACUUAAAAGUGUGGAAGUUUUGGGCAACAUUUUCAAAGACAUAUUUCUUUUCUUCUCACUGAGAGCAUCCGGCGACGCCUUGGAGCGCGAGAAGCAUUGGAGUAAUAAACCUUGGACCAUUUUGCAUACAUGACAUGUCUCUCACUGUAACCUUAUAGCUGCAUAACAGUGUGCUUUUUGAGUAUAACAUGGAGCUUUAACCGACAUUUAAAGACAGAAGAGCGGCAUAUCCGUAACAUACCCACAGACUCAUUUUUAUAUUUGUUUUAGAUGUUUUACCUAGUUGAAACGGCUUAUAUAAGAUGACGAAAUGAAAAAAAGAUGUUGCUUGUAAUACAGUUUUUGCCUGCUAAAUUCUCCACAUUUUUGUAACCUGUUUCUUCCUUUGGAUGUAAAGCGUUUUGGGCUUAGUAUUGUGAUACUGUACAUGUUUUUUGUCCCAGUUGUAUAGUACCGUUUCAGUCCCGUCCCCGUCCCCCCCGGAACCAGCUUUGGCUGCCGAAACCAUACAGCUGUGAAGACUUGGCCUCUGUUUCUGUUUAGACGGCUUCUUCUUCUUCUUUUCCCCUCCAUUUAUGUAUUAAAUAACAUGAAAAGUACUGUAGAGAAAGGUGUCACUGCUUCCUCUGAGGCUGUUUUGUAAAAUAUAUAUUAAGGACUGGAAACGUGUUUUUAAAAAGAGGACGCAUUCAAGUAUGACGAUUCGCUAUCUGUGUUUUCACCCUUCAAAGUGCUGUUUGGUAGUUGGAACUUUAAAAAACUAUUUAAUAUCUCAUUUAAUAAAGUGACCAAAAUGCAGAAA